CAGUCACUCGUUUAAACUACCUUCCGCACGACCAACACAUCUCCAUUUUCCCCUUCUACACUCGCUUUCCUCACACCUCACCCCAAUCGUUCACCGGCGUGUCCCUCCUGCUUUUCUCUCCUUCAAGAAGAACAAAAGAACAAAACAAACGAACAAGAUGCAGUACCCACUCUUCGCCGCUGCUUUCGCAGCUCUCGCAGUCGCCGCUCCUGCGGGCUACAGCACUGCGCCAGCACAAUACGUCACGGUCGAUGAGCCCACGUUGAUCAACACCUACAAGCCUGGUUCGGACAUCAAGCCUGUGCCCGUACCUACCAAGGAGGAUGAUGGUGUUGGUCUUGACAUCGACCUCGGUCUGGAUCUGAGCCUUGGUCUGGACUUGGGUAUCAACCUCGAUAUCGAUGCCACUGUGGAUGCCAUUAUUGAUUUGGCUACCGACAUUGAUGUUGACGCCGACCUCAGCAUCGAUCUCGACAUCGGAGCUAAGAUCAAGGCUGCUGUCUCUGCUGGUCUUGACAUCAAGGCUGACAUUGAUGUCGCUCUUGCCAUUGACGCCAUGAUCAAGGCUGCCAUUGGCAUCGACGUUGACGCUAACCUCGACGCCUCAAUCCGCGCCGCCAUCGGCGCCGACGUCUCCAUCGACAUCGAAGCCGUCCUGGACGCCAUCAUCAACAUUUCCCUCGACGCCGACCUCGAUUUGGACCUUGACCUCAAGGCCAAAAUCGACGCCGACCUCGACCUCUUCGCUCGCAUCCAAGCUGCUCUCGACAUCGAUUUGGACUUGGAUGCCGAAGUCCAAAUUAGCGCUGUUGUCAAUGCCAUGCUGAACUUGGCCACUUCGGUCGGUAUCGAUGUUGAUGUGUCGAUUGUCGUGGAUGCUGUCCUUGGUGGAUCGGGUAAGACGAACACUGUCGGGACUAUGUGUCAGGCUAUUCUUGCUGCGGCUUCUUAAGUUGCUGGAGAUGGGAGGAUAGGAUGAAUAGGGAGAAGGGGGGUUCUUUUUCGGAGAAGAGAAGAGGAGAGGAGAGGAGAGAAGUAGGUAGUUGAAAAGGUAACCUUAAUUCAGAGGUGUUGUGUGUGUAUGUGGGAGGUUUCUUGUGAGGUUUUUAAUUUUUUACAAUUACGUGGUUAUGAAAAAGAAGGGAAAUUAUACCUACCUUAAGAUGAAGAUGAUUAGUGGUACCUUUUAUCUAUCUUUACUUUACCUUGAGAAGUUA